AUGACUGCAGGCAGAGUCAACCCCUACAGCAUUGUGUCCUCCGAGGAAGACGGGCUGAGGUUGACCACCAUGCCAGGAAUCAACGGCUUUGGCAACGGGAAAAUCCACACCAGGAGGAAAUGUAGGAACAGGUUUGUAAAGAAGAACGGUCAGUGCAAUGUGGAGUUCACCAACAUGGAUGACAAGCCGCAGAGGUACAUCGCAGAUAUGUUCACCACCUGCGUUGACAUCCGUUGGAGGUAUAUGCUCUUGCUCUUCUCCCUGGCGUUUCUGGUGUCCUGGUUAUUGUUUGGGCUGAUUUUCUGGCUAAUUGCACUCAUUCAUGGAGAUUUAGAAAACCCAGGUGGAGACGAUACCUUCAAGCCUUGCGUUCUGCAGGUCAAUGGCUUUGUGGCUGCUUUUCUGUUCUCCAUUGAGACCCAAACGACUAUUGGUUACGGCUUCCGCUGCGUGACAGAGGAGUGCCCGCUUGCUGUCUUCAUGGUGGUUGUUCAGUCCAUCGUGGGGUGUAUAAUAGACUCUUUCAUGAUUGGUGCAAUAAUGGCAAAGAUGGCCAGGCCCAAAAAACGGGCCCAGACAUUACUUUUCAGCCAUAACGCGGUAGUGGCAAUGAGAGAUGGGAAACUCUGCCUGAUGUGGAGAGUUGGGAACCUCCGGAAAAGCCACAUAGUAGAAGCCCACGUACGAGCUCAGUUAAUUAAGCCCAGAAUCACAGAAGAAGGGGAGUACAUACCACUUGACCAAAUAGACAUCGACGUGGGGUUUGAUAAAGGCUUGGACCGUAUCUUCUUGGUGUCCCCCAUCACCAUUCUCCAUGAGAUCAACGAAGACAGCCCGCUGUUCGGGAUCAGCCGCCAGGACUUAGAGACGGAUGACUUUGAGAUCGUCGUCAUCCUCGAAGGCAUGGUGGAAGCCACUGCGAUGACGACGCAAGCUCGGAGCUCCUACCUGGCUAGCGAGAUCCUGUGGGGCCACCGCUUCGAGCCCGUCUUGUUCGAGGAGAAAAACCAGUACAAAGUAGACUAUUCCCACUUCCACAAAACCUACGAGGUCCCGUCCACCCCCCGCUGCAGCGCCAAGGACUUGGUGGAGAACAAAUUCCUCCUGCCGAGCACCAACUCCUUCUGCUAUGAGAACGAGCUGGCCUUCAUGAGCCGUGACGAGGAUGAGGAGGACGAUGACAGCAGGGGUUUGGAUGACCUGAGCCCGGACAACAGGCACGAGUUCGACCGGCUUCAAGCGACGAUAGCGUUGGAUCAGAGGUCGUACCGGAGGGAGUCGGAAAUAUGACUCUUGGUCCUCUCUCUGACUUUUCCAAGGGCAGUUUCUGUGACAAGCCGUCGUGAAUCAGCACAACGCUGCCAAGUUCAGGUCGCAAACGCUCGCCACGACGCUGCUCCUGGAGAACACGGCGCUUUAACGCAGGCGAAGGAGAGACCCCUCCUGGUCCCGGGCUUCAGGGAAAACCCCUAAACCAACAGAUUUUGGAGUCAAAUCAGGCAUGGUGAUGCUGCUUUAAGGGAAGACACGCAGGAGGGUUUCUGAUCGGAUAUCAGGGCUGCGGAUGUGGAGGGAAGAGGAGAUAUGUCCGGGCUGGCAGAGCAGAGCCCUUUCCCCAGACAUUCAAUGCUUCCCCUCCUCUUCCCCUCCAGCUGGCACGUUCAUUUUGGCAAUACCCCGUCAGCGUGUAAUUAACCCUCCCCUCUUUGCUGCCUGAUUGCCUGAUGACCCCAAGCAACUCGCCCGUCCCGCAGGCUGGGGCGUUUCUUGCUGUCCCCUUCCAAAAUAGGGUCCCUGCUCGCAGGGCUGCAGCACCCAUGUGGGGUCUGGGGUGGGGAUGCCGGGCAUUUGGGGACAUCAUUAGGGUGCUGAGAGGGGGGUGACCCCGUGGGGCAGGCCCUGGCAGCCCGUUCUCUGGGGGAUGGCACCCCUGCCUCGUGGGCUUGCUGUCCGUUUGGGUUCGUGGCUGACUCAGCCCCAGAUGGUUGCUGCGAGCGCUUAUAUAACGGCAUGUUUUGGUGGGGGCCGGGACGCAGUGAGCGGCGAGGAGGUGGGCGCGGGGGCGAGGGAGGGAACAGAGCUAAAGAUAAGCCUGGCAGCUCUGGCACUGCUUCGCCAGGCCCCCGGGAGCCGGCAGGGGAAAGGCGCUGGGGAUCGGGCGCUGAGCUCUCAGCCACGGCCCCGCUCGCUGAGACGGAGCGCAGCAUCCCGCUGCCAGCGCCGUUCCCCUUCCUGGUACCCGCCGGGCACCUUUGCAGGGCUACCUUCCCCAAACUGCUCUCCAACAGCACAGAAAUCACCCCCAUUCCUUAAAACUUUUUUAUUUUAUUAUUUUUUCCCCAUGUUUCCUCACCUGGGAGCGGCAGGGAAGUGGCUUUGCCCAGUCCCGGGGCUGCACCAAGCUGCACAGGGCCCCCCGCAGCCUUCAUCCCCACCGCUCUCCUCCUCCCACACCCUCUGCU